AUGUCCUGUUUCAGACUGCCUAAGAAAUUUAUCAAUGAAUUGCAUCAAGUAGCUGCCCGUUUCUGGUGGAGGUCUGGGGGAGAGGAUAAGAAGAUCCAUUGGCUGGGUUGGAAUACUUUACGUAAACCAAAAUUUUGUGGUGGCAUGGGGUUCCGUGACUUAGAGCUUUUCAAUAAGGCUUUACUUGCAAAGCAGAGCUGGCGGAUUCUCAAUAACCCUGACUCCGUUUUGGCUAAAGUGUUGAAGGGGCGUUAUUUUAGAAAUUGUGAUUUGUUGCAAGCUGAAAUUCGAGGGAGCCCUUCUUUUAUUUGGCGAAGCCUUGUUUGGGGUUCUGAGCUUCUGAAGGAUGGUUUGCGAUGGCGAAUUGGGAAUGGUGAAAAUGUAAAUGUUUAUAGAGAUAAUUGGGUCCCAAAUCAACCCUCACUCAAAAUUCUAUCAGCUCGAAGAUUGCCUAUUGAGUCAACGGUUCAUAGUUUGAUAAAUCAUGAUUUAGCUAUUUGGAAGGUGGAUGAAAUUGAAGCUGCAUUCUCUCCUGAUGAAGCUAAGGGUAUUCUCUCUAUCCCGUUGGGGAGCCGAAAUAGAAGGGAUAAACUGAUAUGGCACUACGAGAAAAUGGGGGUGUAUACAGUUAAGAGUGGGUACAGGAUUGCUGUGAUGAAGCAACCACUUUUACAUGUUUCUUCUUCAUCCUCUGAGACUAUGACUUCGUGGUGGAAAGGCCUCUGA